CUCUUCCUCUGAUAACCCCCCCCCCCUAGUACCCACAAGACUUUCUCUCUCUGCAUCUACACUUUGCUUCAAAACACCAGAGCCUGAAGGCAUCUGGUGGGAUUAUGAGAAGUAGACCCACCUUGCCUUCUUCAAUGGGUCCUGCUGGGACUUCUCGCUUUAGAUGCCUUUGCCAGCAAGCGAUGCUCCUGCUGUUCGUGUUGUCCUUUUGCCGCCACACGAAUACGCAGUCUUUGCAGGAGAAUACAGUGGCUCUUGAUCCUUGCUCUGCCUACAUUAGUCUGAAUGAACCUUGGAGGAACACAGAUUUCCAGGUCAAUGAUUCUACCGACCAGCCUGAAUGUGACAGUCAUGUGGAUGGGGAAUGGUAUCGCUUUACGGGGAUGGCUGGGGAUGCCAUGCCUACCUUCUGCAUUCCCGAGAACCACUGUGGCACCCAUGCCCCAAUCUGGCUAAACGGCAGCCAUCCUCAAGAAUCAGAGGGCAUUGUCCAAAGGCAGACCUGUGCAACUUUCAAUGAAAACUGCUGCUUCUGGAAUUCGACGGUUGAAAUCAAGGCAUGUCCCGGAGGCUAUUACGUCUACCACUUAGCCAAGCCCAGUGUCUGCUACCAUGCUUACUGUGGACAUUUCUAUGACAUUUGUGAUGUGGUGGAUUGUCGAGGUUCCUGUCUGGACACUGGAGAUGCGUUUGUUCCGGGGACAAUUAUGGGGCCAGAUGGACAGACUUGUCUUGAUGAAAAUGAAUGCGAAAGGAAUAAUGGAGGCUGCAGCGAGUUCUAUAACCUAAAGAACUCCUAUCGCUGUGAAUGUGGAGUUGGGCGUGUCCUGGGGCCGGAUGGAAAGACUUGUGAAGAAAUUGAAGGGUGUCACAACAGCAAUGGAGGCUGCAGCCAUAGAUGCAACAUGCUGGAAACCAGUUAUCUGUGUGAAUGCCCUCGAGGUCUUGUUUUGUCAGAAGACAACCACACAUGCCAAGUUCCGGUGAUAUGUAAAUCUACAUCUAUAGAAGUGAAUAUUCCCAAGGAUCUCGUUGGGGGAAUGGACCUCUCGCUUACCAAUGGCUCCUGCAAAGGGGUAUCCAAUGGCACACAUGUCAACCUCAUCUUCUCUCUCAAAACCUGUGGAACAUCUAUAGAAGUAGUCAAUGAUAAAAUAAUCGCCACCAAUAUGGUCACUGGCUUGCCAAAGCAAACACCCGGCAGUAACGGGGACAUCAUUGUUCGCACAGGAAAGCUACUGAUCCCUGUGACUUGUGAAUUUCCUCGCCACUACACCAUCUCAGAAGGCUAUCCCAAUGUGAAGAAUUUGCCCCUGGAAAUUAGGCACAAUCAAGGCGUCUUCCCUUUCACCCUUGAGAUAUUCAAAGACAAAGAUUUCGAAGAGUCCUAUCGGGAUUCCCUUCCCACUCUUAAACUCCGAGACUCUCUGUAUUUUGGGAUUGAGCCCUUGGUGCACGUCAACGGUCUGGAGACAUUGGUGGAGAGUUGCUUUGCUACCCCUACAUCCAAAACAGACGAGAUCCUGAAGUACCAUUUAAUCCGAGAUGGCUGCGUUUCGGACGAUUCCAUAAAGCAGUACACAUCAAAGGAUCAUCUGGCUAAGCACUUCCAGGUCCCAGUGUUCAAAUUUGUGGGUAAAGACAACAAGGAAGUGUUCCUACAUUGCCGUGUUCUUGUAUGUGGCGUAACAGAUGAGAGAUCUCGCUGUGCACAGGGCUGUCACAGACGGAUGCGCAGAAGAGCUAAACCACAAGAGGAAGGAGAUCACAUCACACACCACAUCUUGACGAGUGGACCAAUUAAAAUAGAUGUGCAAGAAUAGAUGUAUGAAAACAUAUAUACCGGGAUAUAAACUCAUAUACAUGUGAAUAUAGGUGUAUAGCCCAUUUCUCUCAGAAGCGUAUGCCCCCCCCUUGGGUUCAAACUAGAUUUAAUCUACAUCUCAAUUCCAUUGCAUGUGGCAGGGACAUUGAAUGGGAAAUUUGAUUUUUGCAGGGUCAAAGCAGGGUCUGCUUCGAUUAGACAUGAUUUAUUCCAAGCACAGCCAAAAUUACAGGAGCAUCCAUGGCUCAAACAAAUGUUGAAACCUUGCUCUCUUUUUUGUAUGCAUCGAAACAAUUCUUCAUACAUGUCAACAUGUUGAGUUUCUGCAAACCAGUAGUGACAUUGGGAUAACAGUUGGGGGUGGUGGAAAUGUAUCAACAUAUUAAAUUGGCAUGCUUAAUUAUGUGUUCAUGCUUUGAAAAGUUGAUAUCCUCAUAGGCUUAAUUAUGAUAUCAUGGAUCUAGGAUCUUUCCCUACUGAUCUGAGAUAGGCACUGCCCUUAUGCACCGUCACAAUACUUUUGAGCCCCUGGCAGUCUUUUCCUUCUCAGCCAAUUAAAUUCAGAAGUUAAUUGGCUACUA